GGCUCGAGCGGUACUGACGCUGGUCGUGACGAUGACAUAGGCCGCAGAGUUAAUCUGUCAAGCGAUGGUUCUGUAGUAACUGCUGAUGAAGUUGUCAGGACAGAGGCAAAUGCUGGUGCCGAUGACUUUACUCUUGCCUCGAGUGGUACUGACGGUGACGAUGACAUAGGACGCAGAGUGGAUUUAGCAGCUGUUGUUACUGCUGAUGAAGUUGACGGAAGAGAGGCAGUUGCCGGCACCGACGAGUUUAAUGUUGGCAAUUUCUUUGGGACGUCUGAUAACGAUGCUGGUGGUAUAGGCUGUAACGACGAUGAAGUUUCCGGUGGUGCUGCAGGAUAG